CUCCGGCAACAGGCAACAGCUACCUUAAAAUUAUUCUUCUGCGACAACACUACCUUCGAACUUGAUUUCUGGUUUUCUUCUUUCAAUAUGUCGGGUUUUAUAGCGAGCUGGUUAACGCCGACGUCUCUUUUCCUCCUCCUCAACUUCGUCAUCGGCACCAUCUUCCUUCUCUCACUCCUUUCUCCUCCCAAAACGCCGCCUCACUACGGCGGCGGUUACGACUCAGCUCCUCCGACUCUCCAGCGAGCUCCGUCGCUACUCGACCGCGUUAAAUCUAUCAACCUCUCAGCCUUCAAAUUCGACGACGUCCAUCAACAACAUGUGGAUAAUAACAUAGAGCGAGCCCCGUCGAUUCUUGAGCGAGUCAAGUCCAUCGACUUGAACCUCUACAAAUAUCUUCCUGAAAACCCAGACCCGGUCUACGUCGAACAACCACCCCUCAGCCGGCCGCCGUCGUUCUUAGAGCGUGUUAAGUCCAUCGAUUUCAAAUCCUUUUACAGAUCCGACUCGGGUAAACUAAACCCAGAAGCAGUUCAAGAAGAACCCGGUUCGGAAAUCGAUAAGAACAGUACUCCAGUUUACGAUCAUGUAGUAAAGAGAAGCGAAUCGGAGCACAAUCAUGUGAAACAAAGGAAAGUUUCCGAUAAAAUGAAGAAAUCAGCGAGUGAUAAAUCGAGGGCUAAGGCCAAGGAGGAGGAGGAAGAAGUGGAGAGGAGGCGGCCGGCGACGACGAAGAUCGAGAAGACGACGUCGUUCGGAGACGGUGACGAUCAAGGUGUCGAUGUGAAAGCUGAUGAUUUCAUCAACAAGUUCAAGCAGCAGCUUAAGUUGCAGAGGUUGGAUUCUCUGUUGCGUUAUAGGGAUAUGCUCAGAUCGAGAGCAAAGUAACUAAUGUGGGUGCUUUUCGUCGUUCGGCCGGCUUUUGUUCCGAUGUACUUCUACUCCGGCCAGCGAAUGGGGAAGAAGAAGAAGAAGGUUAGAACUUUUUUUUUCGUUCUUACAAUUAAGAAGACUAGAGCCUGAAUGAAACUAAAU